AUGUCAGUUGCAAAGUUGCUGCCACCGCUCUUAUGCUGUAGAGUUGUUCCAUGUGACCGGGGCGAGCGCUGCUCGAUGGGCCACAUGGACCGUAGCAGAGCGGCUUCUCCAACUCUUCUGCCAAUGCUGCAUGCAAAAUUCAGCAAUUUCGCCGAACAUCAUUGGGCCAUCGCUUUCCGUCCACAGCUUGCUUGUUUCCUUGUCAGCGAAUGCCAGGGCCAUCCAGACAGCAAGAACGAGCGCAGCUCGAUUGCUGCCUUGGCUUUCGUUCGCUGCUUCGCAAGUAGUUGGACUUUGCAUUGCGGGUCUCGAAAAACGACCGUGCAGAACUUCCGCUUGAUGUUCUCCUGGCAGACCAGGAACCAGGGAGUGAGAAUUUACCCUGACGAGUGGCACUGGCGAGAGGGCAUCUCCAAGCCGGACAAGUUCCGAGAGAUUGUGAAUGCAUGGAAAUCGUCGCCGCUCGUGGCGGCGGCGGCGCUGUCGGCGCGGACUGCGCAGCUCGCGGCGGAGCUCAUGGGCAGCUGGACGGGCAGAGCACUAGCCCUAAACCGUAAAACCUAA